AUGCCGCCCCUGCCAGGGGGCACACAGAGGUGCUUCCAGGCCAUUCUCCUCCUGGCCCUGACCAUGCUUCUGCUGGCCGGCAUCCUGCACAUGGACGUGGGGCUGCUCACACCCCUGCUUGGGGGCCAGGCCGAGGGGCCGCCCGUCAUCAACGUCAUGUUCCUCAAGACACACAAGACAGCCAGCAGCACGGUGCUCAACAUCCUGUUCCGCUUUGCGGAGACACACAACCUGUCCGUGGCGCUGCCCGUGGGCUCGCGCUUCCACCUGGGCUACCCCUGGUACUUCCUGGCGCGCUACGUGGAGCGCUUGGAGCCCCAUGGACCACAGCAGCGUUUCAACAUCAUGUGCAACCACCUGAGGUUCAACCUGCCCGAGGUGCAGAAAGUCAUGCCCAACGACACUUUCUACUUUUCCAUCAUCAGAAACCCCGUCUUCCAGCUGGAGUCCUCCUUCACGUACUACAGGGAUUACGUCCCUGCGUUCAGGGGCGUGGAGAGCCUGGACGCCUUCCUGGCCUCCCCCUGGACCUACUACAACAGGAGCGCGAGCUUGCACAAUGCCCUGGCCAGGAACAACAUGUGGUUCGACCUGGGCUUCGACAACAACGCGCACGCGGACGACGAGGGCUACGUGCGCGCGCGCCUGGCCGACGUGGAGCGGCACUUCCAGCUGGUGCUCAUCGCGGAGCACUUCGACGAGUCCAUGGUGCUGCUGCGGCACCUGCUGCGCUGGGGGCUGGACGACGUGGUGGCCUUCCGGCUCAACUCGCGGAGCGCGCACAGCGUCGCCGGCGUGACGCUGGAGGGCCAGGCGCGCGCCAAGCGCUGGUGCGCCCUGGACUGGCGACUCUACCAGCACUUCAACCGCACCUUCUGGGCCCGGGUGCACGCCGAGCUGGGCCCGCGGCGCCUGCGCUCCGAAGUGACACGGCUGCGGGCGCGGCGGCGCGAGCUCAUGGCGCGGUGCCUGCAGGACGGCGUGGCCAAGAACAAGUCGCAGAUCACCGACCCCCAGCUGCGCCCCUUCCAGUCGGGCCAGGCCGACAUCCUGGGCUACAACCUCAGGCAGGGCCUGGACAACCAGACGCAGCGGAUGUGUCAGAGGAUGGUCAUGCCUGAGCUCCAAUACAUGGCCCACUUGUAUGCCCUGCAGUUCCCGGAAAAGGACCCCAAACACAUCCCCUUCCUGCACUAG